GUGCAACCACAAGUGCCCACUAUAAUCCCGCCGGCGCACGUGAUGCUCAGGAGAACAUCACUCCUCCCUCUUGUGGUAGUGUUUGGUAGUGUUCUUUCUCUGUUGGUGAAACAACCAACACAAGUCUUGCGAAACAAACUUAUACCCUAUCAACUGCCUGCUUUGUAUCUUUCUUCCUACUUUGCACGUGUAGUACGCGAUGGAAUGCCAAUAACACAAUACCCGCAUUUCCUUAUAACCGCCAUUAUAAAUUUUUCUCUAGAUACCUACCUCUAAAUCUUUUCUAGACCCCCCUUUUUAAGUACUUAGAGGAACCAAUUGAAGAAAUAAGAGAUACAGCACUUAUAGACAAUAUGGCUCCCCUCGCAACAAAUACAGAUGCCCCAGACUCCCUAAUCAGCGCCGACGACGGCCGCAAGUACUGGUCCGGCAUCGACCCCGACGUCAACGGCAUGCUGGGCGGGUACCCUGCCGUCUCACGAAUCGACUUAAGAGGCUCGCGGAGCUUCCUAGCUAAGCUCGGCUUGGGCCGUACUAAGGGCGUCAAGGCUGUAAAUAGGGCGAUGGAGGGCGGUGCAGGCAUCGGACGCAUAACGCAAGGGCUACUCCUCGACAUUGCAGAGACAGUCGACAUCGUCGAGCCCAUCGCCAAGUUCACAGGCGCGCUUGAGGGCCGGCCGGGAGUAGGCCAAAUCUACAACGUCGGGCUUGAGGAGUGGCGGCCUGACGAUGACGCCGAAUACGACCUCAUCUGGAACCAGUGGUGUCUCGGUCACCUGACCGACCAGCAGCUCGAAGAAUUCUUACGACGGUGCAGCGCUGUGCUCAGUGUCGGCGACGAUGGGAAGACGAAAGGGGUUAUCGUGGUAAAGGAGAACUUGAGUGCGUCCGAGGAGGACUUGUUUGACUCGGAAGACAGCAGUGUGACGAGGCAAGACGAGACGUUCAGGCGCAUCUUCGAGGAGGCGGGAUUGCGCAUAAUCAGGACGGAGAUACAGCACGGGUUCCCCCAUGAGCUAUACCCCGUGCGCAUGUACGCAUUGAAGCCUAAAUAAAGCUAAUAAAUGAGUAAAAUAUCUUAAUAAUCCUAUUGCAAUAGAGCCUUAGUAAUGCUGGCUUCUUCAUUCCUUCUCCUUGGU